AUGGAGGAGAUCGAGCUCAGCAACAAUGAUGCGGACGCGCAUCGGCAGCCUACACAUGGCGACGGAGAGAGCGGACGAGCAAAGAGGAGGGUGGACUGGAGAUCGAUGUUGGGAAGCAGGAAGAACACCAGCGGGAACCCGAGCAACCGCACUUCCAUGUCGGAUCCUGAGCACCAGACGCACAAGAAGCCCGCCAAAUGGAGCAUGGGCAUGUUGAACGACCGGGAGACCGACGAAGUCCCAGGAUCCGUCCUGCUCUUGUCCGAAGUGUCGGAGUACAAUGCGCCUCUGGGCCUCGAUCUGAACCCUGCGCGGAUGUCUGCUUCUUCGCUCCCUUCGCCAUAUCUCACUUCCUCGCAUCGGAGCUCCUUUUUCCGCAGACGCCCGCCGGUGCCGGAGAAGAAGCGCACGGCAGAUGGCAAAAUCAUUCUGGAGCCUCAGCCCGAUGACUCGCUGAACGAUCCCUUGAAUUGGAGAGUCUGGCGUCGCAACCUCGCGCUGGGUUCGCUGGGCUUCUACUGCAUGGUCGGCGGCGGC